UUAAUUUAUUCAACCUUUAUUUAAUCUUCACUUAAUCCUGGUGAGAAACUCAUGGAGAUUAAAUUCUCUCCAUAUUAGUGUCCCGGCUAAAACAGACAGAAAAACAAGUUUCACGACAACCAAAGAGCAGACCUAAACACAUAAUCAGAGAGGUGGAUAUGAUACAUGAAAAACAUAGAAUACACCACCACCAUAGACAGUUGGUGUUUAUGUGUCCCUGCUGAGAGACAGAGAAGAGAAAUAUGAGUCAGAGUUUGUUAACUUGUGCUCCACUCCUUGUUCCCUCCCCUUACUUCCUGCUUCACUCUGACCUUAUAUUUCCUUGUUCCCUCCCCUUUAGUUCUACAGUUUGAAUAUGGGUGUAACUAACACGGGGGAGGGGGAGGAGCUGCAUAAACACGGCGUGUAAAACAGAGCUCGACCAAAGUUCCAGUUCCACGGAAGUGAAACUUUGGUUUUACAGAGAGCAGAAAUGGCGCAGAAAGGAGUUCAGCUGGACCGAGAAACCUACUCUUGUUCGAUCUGUCUGGAUCUACUGAAGAAUCCGGUGACUAUUCCCUGUGGUCACAGCUACUGCAUGAACUGUAUUAAAAGUCACUGGGAUAAAGAGGAUGAGGAGAGAGACUACAGCUGCCCUCAGUGCAGGCAGACUUUCACACCGAGGCCUGUCCUGAGGAAGAACACCAUGUUAGCAGAUUUAGUGGAGAAACUGAAGAAGACUGGACUCCAAGCUGCUCCUGCUGAUCACUGCUAUGCUGGACCCGAAGAUGUGGCCUGUGAUGUCUGCACCGGGAGAAAACUGAGAGCCAGUAAGUCCUGUCUGUUCUGUUUGAUCUCUUUUUGUGAGGAACACCUUCAGCCUCAUCUUGAUUCACCUGCCUAUAAGAAACACAAGCUGGUGGAGCCCUCCAAGAAGCUCCAGGAGAACGUCUGCUCUUUUCAUGAUGAGGUGAUGAAGAUGUUCUGCCGUACUGAUCAGCAGUCUAUCUGUUAUCUCUGCUCUGUGGACGAACAUAAAGGACACGACACAGUCUCAGCUGCAGCAGAAAGGACUGAGAGGCAGAGAGGGCUUGAGGGGACUCGACUUGACAUCCAGCAGAGAAUCCAGGACAGAGAGAAAGAUGUGAAGCUGCUUCAACAGGAGGUGGAGGCUAUCAACGGCUCCGCUGAUAAAGCAGUGGAGCACAGUGAGGAGAUGCUCACUGAGCUGAUCCGUCUCAUGGAGAAAAGACGCUCUGAUGUGAAGCAGCAGGUCAGAUCCCAGCAGGAAACUGAAGUGAGUCGAGUCAAAGAGCUUCAGGAGAAGCUGGAGCAGGAGAUCACUGAGCUGAAGAGGAGAGAUGCUGAGCUGCAGAAGCUGUCACUCACAGAGGACCACAACCAGUUUCUACAGGACUACCCCUCACUGUCAGCACUAUGUGGAUCUACACACUCAUCCAGCAUCAAGACCCGUCCUCUGAGGUACUUUGAAGAUGUGACAGCGGCUGUGUCAGGAGUCAGAGAUAAAAUACAGGACGUUCUGAGAGAGGGAUGGACAAACAUCUCACAGACAGGGACUGAAUUGGAUGUUUUACUGUCACAACCAAGACCAGAACCAGAGCCCAAGACCAGAGCUGAGUUCUUAAAAUACUCACGUGACAUCACACUGGAUCCAAACACAGCAUACACAAAGCUGUUAUUAUCUGAUGGGAACAGAAAAGCAACAUUGAUGAAAGAUGAACAGUCUUAUUCUAGUCACCCAGAGAGAUUCAUUGAAUGGAGGCAGGUCCUGAGUAGAGAGAGUCUGACUGGACGUUGUUACUGGGAGGUGAAGUGGAGAAUUCCUGGAGUUCGUCUGGCAGUGGCAUACAAAAGUAUCAGCAGAGCAGGGAAUAGGAAUGAGUGUGGUUUUGGACUAAAUGAAAAAUCUUGGGGGUUAGAUUGUCAACCAAAGUGUUUUACCUUUUGGAACAACGACGUCCAAACUCCUGUCUCAGGUCCUCAGUCCUUCAGAAUAGGAGUGUACCUGGAUCACAGUGCAGGUGUUCUGUCCUUCUACAGCAUCUCUGACACCAUGACUCUCCUCUACAGAGUCCAGACCACGUUCACUGAGCCUCUACAUGCUGGACUCUGGCUACGUUUUAGUGAUGUUGGAGACAUCGCAGAGUUGUGCAAACUGAAAUAGAAGAUCCACAUGACAAAGUGCCAGCAAAGUGAGACAGAUACGUAUAAGAUCACAAUUUUCAGAGGGAGCAGACUCUUUAGUACAGGAGAAGAUAAAGGCCACUGGAAAGGCAAGAAGAUUAAGGUAAAAUAUUGUUUUUAAUUCUGAGAUUAAAGUCAGAAUUCUGACUUUUUCUCAAAACGUUUACUUUUUUCUCAGAAUUCUGGGAUUAAGGUCAGAAUUCUGACAAAAUAGGGUGCGUAAUUUUUUACCAUGAGUUUAAUCUCAUAAAAUUUACUUUAUUCUCAGAAUAAUAAGAUUAAAAUUAUGAGAAACAAGUCAAAAUUAGUUGGGUUUUUUUCUCAGAAAACUGUAUUAAAGUCGUAACUCUGAGAUUAAAGUCAGAA